AACUUAACCUCUUCGUCGUGGCACGCCGACGAUUCAGUCGCGUACGAAAUGUUAUGGAAAUGUUGUUCCCAGACUAAAUAACGCUAACUCGAGUAAACUUUCGUCGAGUAUUAAUCUGCCUUACGUAAUGAACAGCAUUAUAAUAUUAAUAAUAACGAUAAGAUUACUCCCAUUUAGUCACUUUGCGACGCGAAACAGCGCGUAACGAUGCCUUGUGCUGGGAACGAGUGUAGACCACAAACAGACUAGACCGCUCGAACAUUAGUGCCCUGAGCUUGAAACAGGCGCACGGACGUACAGUGAAGUGUAUCUGUUUUUCAAACCUAUCGGUUCCGCUGUAUCUUUGCUACGCCAUAUCUGUUCCACGAUUUCGUCGCAUUGCGUGUCAGUCUACGAUUGAAAUAUGGGCGCUGCUUCAAACGCGACAUACUUAGGGCUUGAUCUCAGCACGCAGCAGUUGAAAGCAGUUGUCGUCGAUAACAAUCUCGCUGUUCUCCAUGAAACCAGUGUACAGUUUGACAAUGAUCUACCAGAAUUUAGAACGCACGGGGGCGUCAUUCAGAAAAAAGCUGAGCCACACGUAGUGGUGGUUCCCACUUUGAUGUGGGUUAAGGCUCUGGACAUGAUUCUCGAUAAGUUGCGCGUGUGUGGCGUCGAUUUUAGCAAGGUGGCCGCUAUUUCCGGAUGCGCACAGCAACAUGGCACAGUUUACUGGGGCAAGGGCAGUCGAAAUCAAUUGCAACAAUUGGAUCCUGCGAAAUUCUUGCACGAACAGCUGGCCACCUCUUUCUCGGUGACAACAUCACCUGUGUGGAUGGAUUCCAGCACCACCAAAGAGUGUAACAUGUUAGACGAGAUCGUCGGUGGCCCAGAAAAAUUGGCGGAGAUAACGGGAUCACGGGCUUACGAAAGGUUCUCAGGGCCUCAAAUAGCAAAAAUAGCACGCACCAGACCGGAAGCCUACAGCAACACUGAGAGAAUCUCUCUGAUUAGCAGUUUCCUCGCUUCCUUGUUUUUCGGCGAUUUUGCGCCGAUCGAUUGGUCCGAUGGCUCUGGAAUGAACUUGUUAAAUAUUCAUACGAAAGAUUGGGAUGACGUCCUAUUAGAGGCUUGCGGUCUUGGUCUACGAGAAAAACUCGGGAAACCAGUUUCCUCAUGCAGCAAUAUCGGUCCAAUUUCAUCCUAUUUCGUCGAAAGAUUCGGCUUCGACGAGGCAUGCCGUGUAAUUGCGUUCACGGGCGACAACUCAGGUUCUCUAAUAGGAAUGAGACUGAAAGAAGGAGAUAUCGCUUGCAGCUUGGGGACAAGUGAUACUCUGUUCUUAUGGUUGAACAAACCGAAAACUGCUUUCGAAGGACACAUAUUUUGCAAUCCUCUUGAUGAUAACGCUUACAUGGCUUUACUUUGCUUCAAAAAUGGAUCUUUGACUCGCGAAAGAAUACGCGACAGUGCGGCGCAGGGCUCUUGGCAGAUCUUCAACGAGCUACUGGAAAGUACGCCGCGGGGAAAUUUUGGGAAUUUAGGUUUAUACUUCGAUGCACAAGAAAUUUUGCCAUUUGUCAUUGGUGAUCAUCGAUUCAAUAAAGCGAACGAAGAGAUAUCGCGUUACAGUUCGAAGGAGGUGGAAGUGAGAGCCUUGAUCGAAGGGCAAUUCGUUGCAAAAAGAGCUCACGCUGAAGAUUUUGGUUUCGUCAUAGGGCCAAAUACACGUAUUAUUGCGACAGGAGGUGCAUCCACAAAUAAAUCUAUACUUCAAGUUCUUUCCGAUGUUUUUAAUUCACCAGUAUACAUAUCGGAAGUAGCUAAUUCGGCUAUGAUGGGCGCUGCCUAUCAAGCAAAACAUGGUUUAUUGCGAAAUGAAUUCAACUUUGAUGAGAUAACACGCUGCUUACCAGAACCGACACUUGUAUGCCGUCCUUAUAAUGAUGCAGAAACAAUAUACAAAUCAAUGGUUGUACGUUACCGAAAGAUCGUAGAGAAAAUUAAAAAUAAGACAAGUACGAAACAAACUGUAUAAAUGUUAUACAUGGAUAACACAAGAGCAUUUAAAAAAAGAGGCCUUCAUUGCUGCAUUUAGAGCAGUUUAAUAUUGAUGAUAUUUAUAGAGUUUUAUUUUGAAAAAUUUUUAUAUGAUGCUUUUUAUGCAAUUUUUAGAGGUUUACUCAUAAAAUUCGAAUACUGAAAUUACUUCGAUUUUAAUAAAUGAAUCAAAGGUACUAGAAA